UGGAUCAAUGGUAUAUUCCUUUUAGCUUUGAGAGAAAAGAUGGCGUCCCAAAAUAAUUGCUACAUUUUCUGUCUUCCCGAUGAAAUUUUGGAGAUGAUUAUAGGCUAUGCCUCGUAUGAACAGAUCAGUAACUUGCGCUCGGUUUGCCGAAAGUUUGACGUGGUGUGCCAGCACCUGCUGAACCAGGGGUUUGUGAAGGUGGACAUGUACCACGCACAGUGCUACAAAACCCUGAAGGCCCGCCUCCCGCGGAGGGAGUCGGAGCGGAGGAACCACCCCAUGGCACGCCACGCCGACAUCCUGUCCGCCAUCGAGACACGCCUGUCACUCCUGGGCAUGACGUUCAUGAAGUAUGUGGACAUGAACCUGUGCUGCUUCAUCCCCGGGAAGGUAGUGGAUGAGAUCUACCGUGUCCUGUGGUUUAUAAACUCCACCCCGUCCCCACCGCGGGCACAUGAACUCCUGCAGGAGCUGAGAGACAUCUCCUCCAUGGCCAUGGAGUACUUCGACGACAAGAUCGCCCCGACUCUCAAGUCCAAGAUACCCAUGGAAGUCUCUGUGAGAAUGACACCAAACAUUCCAGUUGCUUCCACGUCUGGUCUAGACCAGUACAGCCAGGUGGCACGGCUGGCACAGCAGGUGCAGGGGCUGAAGAAGGACCUGGCCUCGUCCCGCACAGCCAUGCAGGAGCAGCGCCAGAAGGCUGUCCAGCAGGAGAAACUGGUCAGCACACAGAAACAGCAGCUGGCAGCACUGCAGAAAGUGGCCGCCCUUCAGCGAAAGACCCUGAACAAGCAGAGAAAGAAGACGAGUCAGCUGGAGGAGGUCGUGGCAAAGCAGGAACAGCAGCUGUCUCAGCAGGAGCGACAGAUGGCGGAACAGCAGCGCAAGAUCGCUGCGUUGGACUCUCGCAUGGACGACAUCAGCAACCAGCUGGCCAAGGGCCCACUACACAGCGCUGUGAAUGCUGACAUGCACCCGCAGACAAGUAGUAGUAGAGUAGGAGGCACCCAACACAGGCGCACGAAUACCGUCACUAGCAAAAUGGACAAAAACAAAACACCCAUCAACACAUCAACUGCAGGUAGAGAGCUGAGGAAGAGAAGGUUGUCCACCAGUGAGCAACCUCGCCCCGCUACUGCAGCCUUUCCUGCACCCAUGGGUCUGGGGAAGAAGAAGAAGAGAAAGAUGGAGAGGGAGUGAUGUGCAAUGUCUUUUUCUUACAUAUGAUGUAAAAAAAAAAGUUAAAUUAACUACCAUGUUAUUACAUUAGGGAACAAAUGGAAA